CAUCCGGCUAGAGAGUCCCGAAGGAACAAAUCCAACAGUCAGCACACGAAACUCUUGUUGGCUGCUCACUGUUCCUCGUAUCGUAACAAAGAACAACACAACCCUUCACCAUGGCGGACGAUGAGAGAAAAAAGCUCGAGGAGGAAAAGAAGAGGAAACAGGCGGAGAUCGAGCGCAAGCGCGCUGAGGUCAGGGCCCGCAUGGAAGAGGCCUCCAAGGCCAAGAAGGCGAAGAAAGGUUUCAUGACCCCUGAGAGAAAGAAGAAGCUUAGGUUGCUGUUGAGAAAGAAAGCCGCUGAGGAGUUGAAGAAAGAACAAGAACGCAAAGCUGCCGAGAGGAGACGCAUCAUUGAGGAACGUUGCGGUAAACCCAAACUCAUCGAUGAUGCAAACGAAGCUGAACUUCAAACUAUUUGUCAAAGCUAUCACCAAAGAAUUUCGGGACUUGAGGGGGAUAAAUAUGACUUGGAACUAAUCGAAAGACAUAAAGCUGUUGAGAUCGCCGACCUGAACAGCCAAGUUAACGACCUUAGAGGCAAAUUCGUCAAACCAACACUAAAGAAAGUUUCCAAAUACGAGAACAAGUUCGCCAAAUUGCAGAAGAAGGCAGCUGAAUUCAACUUCAGGAACCAACUCAAAGUUGUCAAGAAGAAGGAAUUCACACUUGAAGAAGAAGAUAAAGAGAAAAAACCAGAUUGGUCCAAGAAAGGAGAAGAGAAGAAGGUACAGGAAGCCGAAGCAUGAACACCCUUACCCCUUUUUCCCACUUGUCAGGGUUACCAGUAUCAGAUUAUAUUUUAUCUAAUGGAUAUCUCUAUUAUGUAUUUUAUAAGGGUGUAUUACCUGCACGCACCUCUGUAUUGUCACUACUCCUGUAUUUGUAAAGUACGUUAUUAAAAAAAUCUUCAAGA